AUGGUUCUUGGCCAUGUAACCCCUAUAAGGAAUGCUAGAACAUCUGCUUCGAGGAAAGGCAAGCCCUUUAAAGUAAGUACAUCUUCCUCUCCAUCCAUGACUGCUAGAAAUGUAAAAAUAGUUGAGCCAUCUACUACUGUAAAGAAACCCCAGUCUAUGACUAGCCUGUACCUUGAUCCCGUUAAUGUCGAGCCUAAUGUUGGUGCUUCUGAAGAAUGUCCCGUUAUUCCAAAUGUUAUGGAAGAUGUUGAAGCCUCUAAACCCAGUAAUAAACCUAUGUAUGUUACUACUUUGAGUAAAUCUAGCAUGAUCAUUUCAGACAAAGACAACGUAGAUAAGAAUAUUAGUGUGUUGUUCUCUCAUGUUUUGGGUAUUGAACCCAAGACUGGUGUCGUGUCGGAUGUCUCCACAUCCUUGGCCCAACCUGAUAACACUACUGAAACCCCUCAGGAUAAAUCUGAUGUCAAUAUGUUAACUCUGUCUCCUGAAAAAUCGAAAUACAAAGUGGAUUAUGAAAGGAUUACUGGUGAUCUGGCUGACAAAGGUGAAAACUCUGCAGAGAAAAAGUAUCAAUCCACUAACAUAGUGAAUAUAGAGGAUCUGGACUCUGAUUAUAUGCCCAUUGGUCAAGGACUGGCUUCAAUAAUAACUAAAAGGUUGAAGAACAGAAAAGGUCAAGAUAUUGAAUCCUCCAGCAGGCCCUCCAAAUCUCUCAGGAAUAGAACUAGUGUUGGCCCUACAAAGAGAUUGAGAAAGGACAUCAUUUCUACUGCCAGAAAGCAAGCUUCUGGGAAGAAGAUUCCAGCAAAUAUUCCUGAAGUUCCAAUUGACAAUAUUUCCUUUCACUCUGUGGAGAAUGUUAAAAAAUGGAAAUUUGUUUAUCAAAGAAGAUUAGCACUGGAAAGGGAACUGGGUAAAGAUGCUUAUGAAUGCAAAGAGGUGAUGAGUCUGAUUCAAGAGGCUGGAUUAAUGAAAACUAUAACUGGCUUUGGCAAGUGUUAUGAAAUGCUUGUUAAAGAAUUUAUUAUGAAUAUGUCUAAGGAAUGUGAUAACAAGAGGAGAAAGGAGUUUAGAAAAAUGAUUAGGAAAAUCAAUCAUGAAAUUUUGAUAAAGGUCUUGUCUGAAGAAGAAGGAAAUUUUAAAGGUGAUGGAACAUGUGAGGAAGAUGCAAAUGAAGAAGGUUCUGAUGCAAGUGAUGAUGAAGAAACUACCAACAAUGAUGAGGACUGA